GUCACUCCACUCAAGUCUCCCCGAGGCGACCCUCUUCUCCGUGUCUUCCCGAACAAACCGCUCAUCCAAAAGCCCAGCAGCAGCCUUCCACCGACUCUCCCUGCAUCCAGUGAUGUCUUUUCUCCUCAUCACAGUGCUGUCCUCACUUCUGCUGCGAGAUGCUGAGGCGUGGGGCGCCAACGUCAAGUACGCGGUGAACUGCCCCGACAGAUGCAACGCGGAGCGGUGUGGCGGGACACAGCGGUGCACACGGACGGUCCUGGAUGAUUGCGGCUGUUGCCAGGUCUGCGCAGCCGGCAGAGGGGAGCACUGUUACCGCACAGUGUCGGGGAUGCACGGGGUGAAGUGCGGACCGGGAUUAUUCUGCGAGUUCUACAAAGAUGAGGACGAUUACGGUGACGAAUAUGGGAUUUGCAAAGACUGUCUGUAUGGAACCUAUGGGGUUGAGUGCCGCAACACAUGCAACUGCAAAGGAGGCAUUUGUGACAGGGAGACAGGAACUUGUCUCACCCUCAAAUUCUUUGCCAAAAUCGCCAGCAAGCUCAAGACUGAGCCCCAAGCAGGGGGAGAUGGCGGCUCAGGAGAGGUCAGCACUGCCCAGAACACAGAUCAGCACACAGACAGAUCCACUGCUCCGAAGCGGCUCAACCCUCGCUGACAAGUGCUGACAAGACUGAAUCUUUUCAGUGUAAAUGUAGCAUUAACUUAUAAAUGAUCUGAAAGAUAUAUUUUAUUAUGUUAAAUGAUAAACAGACUUUUUUACAGCAUUUGGAAGUUUUAUUUUUGGUUUUUUUGGCCCUUGUCUGACAUCUUUUCUAAUGAAAUAUGCAGACUAUGUUAUUAUCUCUCUCUAUCUCUCUUUUAUUGCUUUAUAUCUGUUUGUAGAGUAAAUUAACUAGAAUGAUCCAGUUCCCCAUUAGCUCCAGUGUCGACCUGAGUCUCUCAGUUCGUGUGCCUUCAAACAUUAUUGUUGAAGUAAUGAGAGUUAAUGUCACAAGAAAGGGCCGUGUGUUUAUUUUCAAACUGGAUACAGCAAUAAGUUCUCCAUUAUGAUAUUUUAUUUGUACUGUAUAUAUGAAAACAUGGGAAAUAUCAUGUAUGUGACACCAGCCAAUGUAAAGAAUGCUCUUACAAUUAAACCAAAG